CGAGAGCACCGCCUAAGUUGCUUAUUGACCUUUUGCGUAUGUGUUUUGUGUGUAGGAAUACGCGCGCAAAUAGUUGACAGUUCAUUUACGAGUUCAAAUCAUUUGUUUAUGUUAUUCCUGUUGUAUCGCUACACCAAACCUUUAUAUUGUGGUCGUCUUUAUUUAUUGCAACAAAAUGAACUAUUUAGCAACUAACUUAUUGAUCGAAUCUCUAACGCUCAAUCUGGCGUCCUACAAACCGGGUCUCAAAAACAUCGACACUUUUACCAUGAACCAGAUAGAAAAGCUGAUGAAAAAACUGGAACUAUUCUUAGCCACUAGCAAUCUUGUUCAAUGCGAAGAAGAUGAAUUGCAAAGGGAUAAGAUUAUGAUGAGUUUUUAUCAGCAACCGGAUACUGUACGUUGCCGGCAUUGUAAUGAAAGCUUCUCCGAAAAUGUAGCAUCAACGCAGCACAUCCAAAACAAUGAAGGAAACGAGCAAAAACCCAAACUCAAAGCAAUUUCCGUGAACAAUCCGGUAGCGGAGCAGAAAACCGAACUCAUAGAAAUCCCUGUGAACGAUCCUGAAAAGAGACUGAAAACCGAAAUCGUAGAAAUCUCCCUGAACGUUCCUCAGACGAAACCAAUAGGCAAUGAUCCCAAAGACAAUCUUGCAAAUGAUCGCAAAAAAAUACAGAUCGUUAACCAUAUCAAUGCUAACACUGAGAUUAGUGCUAAAAAGGGAUGCGGGAUUUGCGACGCCGACCUUAGAACAAUUGAACCACAAAUCGAAACCAUUUGAAAUUAUAGUGUUAGUAGAAGAAUUCUUUCACUUUUACAGUUUUUAUGCCAACUUUAUCGUACUCGAAAUUGAAGUGAUUAGCCCAUUUUAUUUGGAGUCUUCUGUAAAAACUCUUUUGAAGAGUGAUUUCGAGUCGCCUCAUUACUCUAAAGUACCAUCCCAAUUUAAACGGUUGAAGCAGUAUUUGCUAAAACAAUGACACAAAUCCUAGACACCAAUUUGCUUACAAUAGGCCAUUUGUCGUACAGGAUCCAUUCGAGCUUUCUCACAACGUAGCAAAAGGAAUUUCCCCUGAAAUGGCCGGACGAAUAAUACGUUUAUUUGAAAUGAGCGAACGAAAAAUAAAAUAUCAUGUAUUCGGGAUGGAAUAUUUCUUACCCAAGGAAAGCAUAUGGUAAUGAUUUGAAUCAUAGGCAAAUAUCUUGCUUUUAUUUAAUAUUAUCUUUUCAUUUACAAACCUUAACUUAGAUUUCUCUUAAGAGAAGCUUCGCUGUUAACAUUCUCAGUUCAGCACAUUCGACUGAUAAGGCCAUGCUUCUAAAGAUUCUCUAUGUACUUGCUUAGUUUUACAUCGCUGCAUGCACCCGAACUCUGAUGGGCUGCAUCUAAGCCUGUCUCAAAAUUCACUGCAUUCCUCAAGCUGUCCAAUAAUUUGGACUUUUUAUUAAUUUUUGAUAUAUGUCUCAUAUGUUAUACAUAAAGGAAAGAAUUCAGUAAAUUAAAUCACCAUUCGUAUAUUCAUAAAGUUUAUACAGUUUAUUUCCUAAAAAUAAAACAAUUAUUUCUAAUGAAA